AUCGACCAUGCCGCCCACACAAAACCAACAAAUUCUUAAUAACUAUCCUGGACUGGCCAAUAGCCAAAAUGGCUCAAAUCGUAAUUAUAAUCCCAUACUUAUACCCCAACGCCAAUCCUUAUUGCCCUGGGGUAGCCAUUCAAGAUCCUCAAUAAUCAAUAUUAUGCCCUACAAUACCUCGACCAGCACCAAUGCUUCCCAACUCGACAACAAUGCGGAUAACAACAUGUUAAGGCCCGGCGAAAUUGUUAUGCGUAAUCUCUUUUCCGAUUUCACCCAACAGGCUGAGAAGAAAAUCGAAUUGGUGAUGUUGGAAAGUGCCGAUAAACCUCUCUCCAAGCUAUUGCAACGUGGGGAAGAUCAACAAUUCGAUCAGCUACUCUCCGCUUUGGGCAAUGUGGCCGAACAUUGUUUGCCAUCACUACUGCACACACUCUUGGCAUGGCACAGACGCCAGUUGUCCGAUGCUGAAAUUAAAAAUGAUCUCAAGCGCAUGGAGAAAUCGGCCAAUGCAAAUGCCAAACCGCUAAGCUCACAAGAGCUUGAAUUUCAAUUGCAACGACGUGAAGCCGCAGUGGAGUUUAUUUUCUGUCUAGCCCUCAUUGAGAUUCUCAAGCAACUUCCCUUCCAUCCUGGCCACGAGGAUUUGGUGCGUAGCAUUGAAAAUUUGGCCUUUAAACAUUUCAAAUACAAAGAAGGCCUACAGAAUAAUCCCAAUGCCCAUAAUAUACACAUGAUUGCCGAUUUGUAUGCCGAGGUAAUUGGUGUUUUGGCCCAAUCACGCUUCAGUUCGGUGCGAAAACGUUUCAUGAGUGAACUCAAGGAGUUGCGCGCCAAAGAGCCAUCCCCACAUACCACACAAAGUAUUAUAAGUUUACUGAUGGGCAUGAAAUUCUUUAGGGUUAAGAUGGUGCCCAUUGAAGAAUUCGAAGCAUCAUUUCAAUUUAUGCACGAAUGUGGCCAGUACUUUUUGGAAUUAAAAGAUAAGGAUAUUAAACAUGCCUUGGCCGGUUUAUUUGUGGAGAUUUUAGUGCCAGUUGCAGCGGCAGUUAAAAAUGAAGUUAAUGUCCCAUGCGUUAAGAAUUUCGUAGAAUUAUUGUAUAUGCAAACACUGGAUGCUUCGACCAAGUCUAAACAUCGCCUUGCCCUAUUUCCGUUGGUCACCUGCCUACUGUGCGUGUCACAAAAAACCUUCUUCUUAUCGAAUUGGCAUUAUUUCCUCGCGAUGUGUUUGAGUAAUUUAAAGAAUCGAGAUGCCAAAAUGAGUCGUGUCGCCUUGGAAUCGUUGUAUCGACUUUUAUGGGUCUAUAUGAUACGCAUUAAAUGCGAAUCGAAUUCGGCAACACAUUCACGUCUACAAAGUAUUGUGAAUUCAUUGUUUCCAAAAGGCUCAAAGGGUGUGGUACCACGUGAUACUCCAUUGAAUAUUUUUGUCAAAAUUAUACAAUUUAUUGCUCAAGAACGUUUGGAUUUUGCCAUGCGUGAAAUUGUCUAUGAUCUGUUGUGUGUGGGUCGGCCAAUAAAGUUAAUCCUCAAUCCGGAACGCAUGAGCAUUGGCCUGAGAGCUUUCCUUGUAGUUGCCGAUUCGCUGCAGCAAAAAGAUGGCGAACCCCCAAUGCCACGCACCGUACCCGUCCUACCAUCCGGCAAUACACUGCGUGUCAAGAAAACCUACAUCAAUAAAAUGCUAACCGAUGACACAGCUCGCAGCAUUGGCAUGUCGACAUAUUUCCCCCAUGUGCGUCGUGUUUUUGUUGAUAUUUUACGAGCUCUCGAUGUUCACUAUGGACGACCUCUGAUGAUGACAAAUACCCAGAAUCAAAAUAAGGAACCUGACGAAAUGCUAUCGGGUGAACGUAAACCUCGCAUUGAUCUCUUCAGGACUUGUGUGGCAGCUGUGCCACGCUUAAUACCCGACACAAUGACACCGCAAGAACUUGUCGACUUGCUCUCGCGUCUCACCGUACACAUGGACGAAGAGCUGCGCAUGUUAACGCAUCAGUCGUUGCAAACAUUGGUUAUAGAUUUUCCGGAUUGGCGUCAGGAUGUCGUGCACGGUUACACACAGUUUCUGGUGCGCGAUGUCACCGACACUUAUCCGCAACUUUUGGAGAAUUGUACACGAAUGUUGUUUGUAUUUUUGAAUAUAUGGCGGUGUGCCAUCAAUGUGAAUGGUAGCAAUGGCAACAAUGGCAUGCUGAAGACACCCACCACAGCUACAAGUUCCCUAAACACCAAUCAAGGGGCGACUGGCGCAACUCAGACAGCAACAGGUAUUACUGCAACCGGUGCCAAUAAUAUGGUGGGCAAAGAUACCGCCACAAGUCAAUUGUCCAGUGCCAGUAAUGUCAAGAGUAUAACAAAUACAAAUUCAAGUGCUACAUCCAGUAUUACCUCGAGUGGCAUGUCAAGCAUAACCCAGGCUACAGUUAUUAACUUGGCUGAAAGUGGCAAGAAAAAUGAAAUUCCCCUGGCUACUACGCUGCAUUUUGUUGAGGGGUAUGCUUUGGUUCUGCUCUGCAAUUAUCGUCCAUAUCUGCGUAAAUUAGCAGCUAUGAUUUUGAAAGAAGUAAAAAAUCUUAUGAAGGCAUUGGGUAUACCGGAAACUGAACCUCCGCUACUGGAUGUUAUUGAUAAAUGUUGUCCGCAGGUAUUGGAUAAGUGUCUACCGCAUCUACCUCAAACAGAAAAGACUGCUAUUCUAAACGCUACACAAAUUGAUUUACAAUGGAUUGUGGAACGGUCAAGCGGUGUGUGGUUGGGUGGCCUAACCGAUGACAAUUCUAAAUCAUCAACAUCCACAUUAAAUCUCUCACAAUCGAGUGGUGGUGGCGGCGUUGGCGGUUCACCGCAAACACAGCAUCAAUUCGAUCCAUGGUCGGUGUGUUUGUUUGGAUUCUUGGAAAGAGAUCGUAUAUUGCAAAAGUGUCCAUCGGUAGUGGCACAGGCCUGGCCCAUAUGUUAUGCACGUCUAACAACUCUGUACAGUGUUAUUGAUCCAACGCCGGUCAGUGAUAAUCGUGCCUCGUUGCUGCGUUCAUCGGCACCAACAAAACGUGUACCCACCGAAAGUCAAAAGGAUCUGUAUCUGCGUAUCUGGCGUAAUCAGGUGGCAAUGGCAAUGCGUUUGGUACCACAAAUAUUGAGUGUGGCCAUACGUUGUGCCUCGCCCGAUUUAAGUUUAAGUUCAUCGCCCGAUUCUCUAAAUGCUGACCGCAGCGACAAAUCAGCAUUGGGCACUGCCUCGCCACAGGCAUUAUACAAAUUGGUUGUACCCUUGUUACGCUGUGAAGUGGCCGAUGUUCGCGAUGCUGCUGUCAAUGCUCUGGGAAUGAUUAACCAUGAUGCUCUCAAAGAUCUAAUGGAAGAGCUGGUUGUCUAUAUUCGUGAAGCUGUUGACCGUAAACAGGAAAAUAUGCGGCGUCGUCGUAGACGAGAUGCUUUGCGUUUGCAGUUGGUAAGGGUUUUGGAGAAAAUCGCUGAAAAUGGAACAUUUGGCGUUAGCACUUGUGUCCUGGAACGUGAUACAAUGUCGUUACAUCCGACAUUUGUUGAGUAUAUAGACGGUGCGAUGCAAUAUCUUUUGGCCGAAACGGACAAGGACAACAUCAGCAUUCGUGAGGUCAAGGCGCACUUUUGCAAUUUCAUACGGAAGAUGAUAAAGAACUUUUCUCUUGAAUCCUGUGCCACCCUAUUGACACGUGAUUUAAAACGUAAUUUAUUCAAUUUAUUUGCCACCUGGUCCGGUAAUUUUGCCAAGCCAUUGGGCAUAGCCGCUCAACAGAUUGGCCAAUCGCCCGAAGAGGAAAAGUUACAGUUCAGCGCAUUACAAGCAAUGUCGGCUCUCUUGUGCUGUGGUCAUGUUUUUUAUACGCCCUAUUUAUCAGACGAUGGCAUCAUUUACAAAUGGCUUGACAUGUUGUUGGCCUCCAAAGAUGAAAAGAUUUAUCAAUUGGCUCGUGAUACGGUCGUUCUACUAUUGGAAUGCAAUCCAGAUAUGGGCCAAUUAUUGGAAUGGGUUAUUGAUCGUUGUUAUACCUCAGCACCCAGAGAGGCGGAUGCUUGCUUUCUGGCAUUGGCGGCUAUAUUUAGUGCAAGAGAAUAUCCCUGUGAUCAUUAUACAUCCGUUAUAACCGUCACAUUACUCAUGACAGGAUGUCCUCGUGUUGAAGUCCAUUCUACGGCAUUGUUGCUACUACAAAUUCUCGAUAAACGUUUCUUUGGCAGUGUUGGACCACUGCAUGCGGACAAUGAAAAAGGUAUGUUUCAUCCAUACUAA